AUGACCGCCGCAGCGUCCUCGUCGCCCGCCCGCGGCCUCCGCCUCUCGUACCUGCGCCACUUUAUCAACAGCCAUGGCGGCGAGGCCCGCUUUGCCGGCAAGACGACAGCCCAAGUGUGCUUUGAGUUUGUCGUGCCAUUGACCAAACCAACCGAGCUCUCGCUCGUCGACCACGUCGACAACGACCCAACGACCGCUUCGUUCGUUGCGCCGGCCAACUGGUAUGUAUCGCACGCCUGGCAGUAUCUCUUCUUGGAGACCGUCGACAGCCUCGAGCGCUUCUUCGCCGACCGCGGUCUCGCCGACGACGCGGUCAUUUGGUUUUGCGUCUUCAACAACAACCAGCACCUCGCGAGCUCGUACCCGUUCGAGUACUGGUCUUCUACCUUUAAGAAUGGCCUCGCAGCCAUCGGCAACGUGGUCAUGAUCAUGCACCCGUGGAACGACCCGAUCGUGCUUCGUCGGAGCUGGUGCGUCUUUGAAGUCUACGUGGCUGUGACCAUGGGCGCACGCUUUGAGAUUGCACUGGCGCGGGAUCAAGAAGCCACGUUUCUCAACGACAUGACCGACGAAGGCGCAAUCCAUCGCAUGCUGGCGACAAUUAAAUGCGAAAACUCCGAGGCGACCGUGCCAAGUGACCGCGACGGUAUUUUUGAUUUGAUUCGCGCCGAGACAUCCUUCAUCGCGGUCGACCGGCUCAUCUUUUCCACUUUAUCCAAUUGGAUCAAGUCGACGCUCGAGACAUCGAUCGCGUCGGCGGCGUCACCUGCUGAGAAGGCAGCGCGGUGGCGCCAUCUCGGCCACAUCUACGACCGUGACAACGACGACGUCGAGACCGAGCGCUGCUUCCGACACGCCGUCACCUUGUUUGCGCAAGCCAACGGGCCAAACGAUCUCGAGACGCUCCGGACGCAGUCGGAGCUGGCAUAUUGCAUCGCGCUUCAGCGCAAACCACAGCUCGAGUGGGAACCGCUCUUCCUCUCAACGCUGUCCGCGCUUGCGGAUCUGCUCGGCGCGACGCACAAGACGGCACUCGUCACCCGCUUGCGCCUCGCGGUCGCACUUUCCUGGAACGGCGACCACCACGGCGCGCUCACUGUGGGUCUUGGGACGCUGGACCUCCAGCGCGCUACGUUUGGCCUCCGUCAUUGGCGCACGGCCGCCACGUUGAGUGCGAUCGGUGGUGCGUACAACCAGCUCUACAUGUACCGGGUUGCCGCCCGCUACCUCCGACGCGCCGUGCUUGUGCAAGAAGAAACCUUUGGUCACGACCAUACGUCGACGCGAUCAUCGGUGUCACGGCUCACGAAUGCCCUUUUGAACGUGGGUGACGCCGUGCGGGCGGUGUCCAUGGCCAAGCGCCUUCUUGCGAGCAGCGAGCGCACUCUGGGCCCGCUCCACGACACGGCAAUUGUUGACAAGAUCACACUUGGGAUCGCGCUUCUGCAUGCGGGAAAGACCAACAAAGCCCAGACACUAUUGACGACGCUGGAAGCGAUCGUCGAAGGCCGGCCAGAGCUGGCCGCUCGCUGGCCCUUCGUGCUCGAUCAGAUUGCCCUUUCAUUUUGGUACCAGAGCCAGUACGAGCAAGCCACCACCUACUUUGUACGGGCCCACGAUCUGGCGCCUCAAAGAAAAGAAACGACGUGGCUCUUCUUUUUGAUGGCGACACGUGCACCUGAGACGGUGCCCGAGAGUCUCGGUCGCAUUCAGCACUAUCUCAAGUCGACCGACGAUUCGACGCCCGAGACGUGGCCAGCGAACUGUAUCGUGUGCGGCAACGUGAUUGUCGGUUGUGUCGUCAUGUGCACGGAGUGCCCCGGCGGCAUCUUUAUAUUUUGCACCCGCUGCCUCGCGCGCAAAGUCGCCCGGCUCCAGACGCACUGCAAGCACGACCCGUCGACGACAACAUACACGACAACGCCGCCCCCGCGCCGAUUCUUCUUGGAAAAAGACCUCCUCGAAGCCUCGUACGACCGCGCCGAGACACUGUGGACCGACUACGCCAGCCACUGCACCAAGUACAACGUUCCGUUGCACGAGCGCCUUCGACGGACCUCGGUGCCCGUUUUGAACCGCAGCUGGCACCCAAUGCUCUAG